ACCAAAAACAAAAACACUUCAAUCUUUUUUCUUCAUCCAUCCAUCCAUCCAUCUAUUAUUAUUAUAUAUCAUCAUGGCUACAAUUGAAAACCCCCUCACAAUUACUGAAAAAGUUUAUGUUAGAGUUAGACUUGCAAAUGAAAAUGAUAUACAUCAUAUAUACAAACUUUUUUACCAAAUUCAUGAAUAUCAUAAUUACACUCAUCUUUACAAAGCUACUGAAUCUUCCCUUUGUGACCUUUUAUUCAAUAAAACAAACCCUAGUCCUUUAUUUUAUGGUCCUUCAAUACUUCUACUUGAAGUAUCGCCAACGCCUUUUUCAGAUAUUGAUAGUAAAGACGAAAAAUUUAAGCCUGUCCUAAAAAAAUUUGACCUAAGGGCAAAUGUUGUAGACAAAGAAGCCGAUGAAUUCAAGUCCAAUUCGAUCAAUGAUGAUGAUAAAAACAACGUUUUUAUUGCUGGAUAUUCAUUUUUUUACGCGAAUUAUUCGUGUUUUUAUGAUAAGGCUGGGAUUUAUUUUGAGAGUCUUUAUUUUAGGGAAAGUUAUAGGAAAUUGGGCAUGGGAAGAUUGUUGUUUGGGACAGUUGCAUCAAUUGCUGCAAAUAAUGGAUUUUCAUCAGUUGAGGGAAUUGUGGCAGUUUGGAAUAAAAAAUCAUAUGAUUUUUAUGUUGAUAUGGGGGUUGAAAUAUUUGAAGAAUUUAGGUAUGGGAAAAUGGUUGGUGAUGCUUUACAAAAAUAUGCUGACCCUAAGGAGAUUUGAUCAUGAAAAUAUUUAAAUUUAUUUUGCAGUUUUUUUUUUUUUUUUUUCUCAUUUUGUAAAAGCAAUAUUUAUUACUACUAUAUGUGUAUUGAUUUGUGUUUGGAAAUGUUGGAUGAAUUAAACAUGUUUUUUUUUCCUGGUUUAAUUUCCUAUAU